AUGCGAGGCUUUCUUCUGACGGCGAUGUGGCUGGUCACCUUCCCCUCGCACAUGGAGGCGCUGCACGGACUCUACAACUUCGGCCAGCCCGAAUUAUUCUACAAGAAGAACAACUGCAAGCCCAUCCCUGCCAACCUGCUCCUGUGCCACGACAUAGAAUACACCGAGAUGCGCCUCCCCAACCUGCUCGGCCACGAGACCAUGAACGAGGUUCUGCAGCAAGCGUCGUCUUGGAUCCCGCUGGUUCAGAAGCAAUGCAACCCCGACACGAGGAAGUUCCUCUGCUCCCUCUUCGCCCCCGUCUGUCUGGACGACCUGGACGAGCCCAUUCAGCCGUGCAGGUCUCUGUGCGAGAGCGUGAAACACGGCUGCGCCCCGGUAAUGUCGGCUUUCGGCUUCCCCUGGCCAGACAUGCUGGACUGCAGCCGCUUCCCCCUCGACAACGACCUGUGCAUCCCCCCUGCGGGCGUCGACAAUUUCGUGCCGGUCACCAAAGAGGUGCCCAGAGUGUGCGACGCCUGCAAGGAGAAGGAUGAGAACGACAUCGAAAUUGUCGACAACCUGUGUAAAAACGACUUCGCUCUGAAGAUCAAAGUCAAGGAGAUCUCCUACAUCAACGGCGACACCAAGAUCGUGCCGGAGAACAAGAGCAAGACCAUCUACAAGCUGAGCGGCGUGACGGAGCGCGAGCUGAGGCGGACCGUGCUGUGGCUGAAGGACGGCCUGCAGUGCGUCUGCGCGGAGAUGAGCGACAUCAACGCCGCGUACCUCGUCAUGGGCCAGAAGAUGGACGGCCACCUGGUCAUCACGUCGCUGAAGCGCUGGCAGCGCGGACAGCGGGAGUUUAAGAGGAUUUCCCGCAGCAUCCGUAAGCUACAGUGUUAAAGAGGACCGUCUCUACUUACUCUAGUUAAAGGGGGGGACCAAGCCCCGGACUCCUUUCCCCAUAUACCUUUCAUCGCUUUAAAUGAUCAUUAGCAGCUGUGUCAAUUUGCUGUUCUCCCCCCCCCCUUUAAAAGUCUAUUUUUCUCUUUUUUAAAAGAGCUCCCUCAGCCAGUCUUUUGUUUCCCCGAUGCCUGUGACGUCACCGGACACACUCAUUUACACACAACUCGGAUCUCACAUUACAGCGUCAAAACAGGAAGUACCGCCCACCCUUUACCGUCAUACCUCG